AUGACUUCUGCGUACUCGGGGCUUCGGGCCGUCUCAACAAGCAGCAUCCGCCUGUGCCGCCCUGUUUCGGCCCGUGCUGCUGGGAUAGUAAGAAACGGCAACCGGAUUUCGCGUUGCCAACAUGGCCACCAGAUUGGUCGGAGCUUUUCAAUAUCGCUACAUCUACAAAAUACAGAACCUCGAACCACCUCUACCGAGAAGCCCGACGACGCGAGCAUUGCGAGUGCCGAGACGGCUGCGCCGCUACUGAAGAAGCGCGAAAAAGAGUCGGCUAAAGGCAAAUACAACCUAUACGGCGAUGAUUGGGAAGAAUCUGUGGAUUUUGCGAUCCAGUCGUUUGAGGACUUGCCGCAUCGCCUGUUUGGUGUCAAUCAACACAUGAUCAUCAACUACGAGCUGAAAGAAGCUCUCCGUGUGAUGCUGCGGCAAUUCAACGCGCCCAUCGUCUACUGCUUCGCGUAUGGCUCGGGCGUAUUUCCGCAAGGUGACCUUGGUCGCAGUAUCAGCGAUGCCGAGUUUCGCGCUGUCCACCCCAAGCCACCGACGGCGCUCGUCAAAGCCCAGAAAGGAUCGCCCAAAAUGAUUGACUUUAUCUUUGGCGUCUCCCAUACCCAGCACUGGCAUUCGCUCAACAUCAAGCAACAUCGCAAGCACUACUCUGGAGUUGCCUCGCUGGGGUCAGGCGCAGUCUCUUAUGUGCAGGACUGGGGCGCUGGCGUCUACUUCAACCCCUUUAUUGAGAUGAACGGCAUGCUCAUCAAAUACGGCGUCACGAGCAUUGAUAAUUUGGUUCGCGACCUUUCUACAUGGGACAAUCUCUAUUUGGCAGGUCGCCUACAAAAGCCUGUCAAGAUUCUUCGCGAUCACCCACAAGUUCGCCUUGCUAAUCAGCACAAUUUAAUCGCUGCGCUGCGCACAGCGAUGUUGCUUCUACCGCCUGACUUUACAGAGUCUGAACUCUACAGCACCAUAGCAGGUCUAAGUUACCUCGGAGAUCCUCGCAUGGCCCUCCCUACCGAGAAUAAGAGCAAAGUUGACAACAUUGUUAACAACAAUGUUGUGCACUUCCGCCGGCUAUAUGCUCCACUUGUCAAAACGCUACCCAAUGUCGCUUUCACGGGGCCAUGCCGACUAGACGAUGAAGACUGGGUACUCGACGAGAGUGGUGACAACAAACUUCAGCAGGACAUGGACCCAAUUAAACGUGGCAACAUGGUUCGACGUCUCCCUUCGAGUUUCCGCGAACGCCUGUACUUUCAGUACCAGAAGAAGUUUGCGAUCCCGCGCGAGGACUUCUCCAUAAUGAUGAAGGCCACUCGCGAUGACGACCCAUCAUCGGGUGGGCGACGCCAAGGCGGCGAGUUUGAUCGGAGAAUAGCUGCCGAUAAGCCCGAGGAGCUCCAGGCUCUGGUCCGCCAGGUCAUCAAGCAGACGGUCAACUGGCCGAGUACCAGCCAGAGCAUAAAGGGUUUCCUGAUGGGUGGCUGGGGCAGAACAUACCGCUACCUAAGGGAAAAGUACGACAAGUGGAAACAAGGGAAGAAGGGCGAGGCCAAAAAGAGCGCCGAGUCCAAAGCCGAAGAGAAAUAG